GUGAAAGGUACCUACCGUGCUUACCUGUACAACUUGACACUGGUUCUGUUACCAUACCUGCGCUACUAUGACAAAUUGUCAGUAUAAAUACAGCCCUUGAUAAGGAAUUUGUAUCAAUUGACUAUUGAACUCGAAAGCCAAACUCAGAUUAUCACAUUGUGCUUGUGUUUACGCUUACCGAGGAUCUACCUUGCGGGUCAAAUAUUUCAAAUGUUUAGUGGCGUCAAAAUUUUGACCGGUGAAAGCUUAUCAAAAUGGACACUAUAACCACCAAAUCCAAACCACUGUUCAAACGACCAAAGAUAGCAUAGACAACACACAUGUCUGGGUAAGGUAGACAACGGGCGAUAAAUCAUCUCAAUGUCGUCCGAGGCCAAGGCUGUACCGGUCGAGCCUGCGCCCGCCAAGAAUUAUAAAGGCUUCGUCGCUGGUGUUUUCUCCGGUAUCGCAAAGCUUUCAGUCGGCCAUCCAUUCGACACAAUCAAGGUUCGCCUGCAGACGACUGACGCGUCGCGGUUCAGCGGCCCGCUGCAAUGUCUGCUCCAGACCGUCCGCAACGAGGGGUUCGCCGGGCUCUACAAGGGCGCCACCCCUCCCCUUGUGGGCUGGAUGUUCAUGGACAGCGUCAUGUUGGGCAGCCUGACGGUCUAUCGUCGGCUGCUACGCGAAAACGUCUUCAGCACGCCGUUGCCGUCACGUGAUCCGUCCAUCCCUGUGUCCAUGGUCGCCGACACGCUGCCGGCGUACGGCCACGGCAUAGCGGGAGUCAUGGCCGGCUCGACCGUAAGCUUCAUCGCGGCGCCGGUCGAGCACGUCAAGGCCCGCCUGCAGAUCCAGUACGCGUCCAAAAAGUCGGACAGGCUUUACGCGGGGCCUAUCGACUGCAUCAAGAAGAUCCACCGCCACCACGGCAUCCCGGGCCUGUAUCACGGCCUGAGCGCGACGCUGCUGUUCCGGUCCUUCUUCUUCUUCUGGUGGGGCAGCUACGACCUCCUGUCGCGGUGGAUGAAGGAGAACACUGCGAUGAGCGCCCCUGCUGUCAACUUUUGGGCUGGAGGACUGAGUGCUCAAGUCUUUUGGAUUACCAGCUACCCCAGUGAUGUAGUCAAGCAGCGCAUCAUGACGGAUCCGCUGGGCGGCGGGCUUGGAGAUGGCACUCCGAAGUUCAAGAGGUGGCGGGAUGCUGCUGUCACAAUUUACAGGGAAAAGGGCCCCAUGGGUUACUGGAGAGGUUUCUUGCCUUGCUUUUUACGAGCCUUUCCAGCCAACGCUAUGGCACUGGUGGCAUUUGAGGGUGUUAUGAGAUCCUUGCCUUGAAAUGGGAGAACUAGUGUAACUAAUAGACCUUAGACUGUAACAUCAACUCGGCCAAGCCCCAGCAUAACAACGGGCCCGAGACAUCUCUGACCCGGCCGAAUCAAAUGGCACAAAUUCACAACAAUAAAUGUUACAGGGAAAAGACAGUUGCGAGAG